ACCUCUAAUGGAUACGCUUUGUUAAUUCAUGUAGUUGGGUUGUGUUGCAGAAUAGGAUAUAUAAAUUAAAAUUUACGUACUUUUAAUUCAAACCUGGAUUAAUUUAAUUAUGUCAUCUUCAAUGUAACUCAAAAUAAAAUAAAAAAAAUGGGUCGUCGGAAAUCAAAACGAAAGCCACCACCAAAAAGAAAAGCUAUUGUGCCGCUGGACCAACAAUUUAAUUGCCCUUUUUGUAAUCAUGAAAAAUCUUGCGACGUAAAGAUGGAUAAAAGUCGUAAUUCUGCACGUAUAAUUUGCAGAGUAUGUUUGGAGGAUUAUCAAACAACUAUUAAUUUUUUAUCGGAGCCUAUAGAUGUUUAUAAUGAUUGGGUAGAUGCAUGUGAACAAGCUAAUUAAUAUGUUUAUUAGUGAAACUAUGAAGGACACAUAUGUACGUUGUGGGAAUUACAUAUGUACAAUUGAGUGGAAAGCAGCAAGAAAACCAAGUUUACCUUCAGAUAUUCAAAACUUCGAGAGUUUUACACAUUUUUGAUAAAUAUUAAAAUUAUGGUACAUAGGCAGCAAAAUAGAAACAAGUAUACUAGUUUUAUUUUAAACGUAUUAAUACCUUUAUUAUGGUCGGUGGAGUGAAUAGCUAGGCGAAUCGAAUGCCAUUCUAGACAAGACAUCAAAAAAGCUGCCGAAAAUAUAUAAGGAUAAUACUACACGUGAUUGUUUUUUUGCAGAAAGAAUCGUAUUUUUCUACCUUUAGCAAUUACGGGGUUUUUCAUUAAUUUAAAUGGUUGAAUUGUUUUUGUUUCGUUUUUCCCACGUUUAAAUUGAUAUUAAAAAAUUAGUAUUUUGCAAUAAUUUGUGGAAUUAUGAUAAUUUAGAUUUUUCCAUUAUAUCACUAUAAAUGCUAUAAUUCCAAUAAAAAAACGCUUAUGUAUUA